ACCUUUGGUACACUCAUAGGCCAUUGGAAAUCCCAAUUCAAUUUGUGUGGUGUUAAAAAACAGAACAAUAAGUCCAUGUUGUGUCAACGCUUAAGACGUUAAAAAAAACUACAUUUACUUCCCUUUUUUUUAUUUAUUUAUUUAUUUUUUUUUCCCAUCUGCAUUUUGAAGCGUUUCGGGCUACGGGGGUAGUGACGUCAUCACGUGACGCCACGUAGCGUACACGUCAGAUCAAAAUCUAGAAGGAACCAGGAAGUGGCUAGCGAGCGUAGCUAGCUAAGAGCAGACCAUGAACAGCUGAGGCUGGUUCUUUGGACAGAAGGGCAGGAUGGGCAGGCAGAGGAAGAGGGUUGUGACCGGUGAAGCUCCUCCCCUUCCAAGGAAAGAUGACAAACCCGCCGCGUUUCACCGCAAGGAGAAGAAAAAGAAAGUCGACAUCGGAAAAGUCUUUAUCAACAUCUCCAUCGGUCUCUGUAUAUUCAGCCUCAUCUGGUUCUUUUACGCCAUCUACAUGCGAUCCAGUCUGGCCAAGCGAGUGGUGACUCUGCAUCCGGCGCCUCGGGUUCUGAACGCCAGCAGCACCAGCGCCAAGGCUUCCCCAGAGAGGUUCUGGGGCUCGUACAGGCCUCAGGUCUACUUUGGGAUGAAAACAAGGAGCCCCAAGUCGAUUGUUACAGGCAUGAUGUGGAUGCGCCAGUUCUCCGACCUCGACAUGAAUCUGAGACACACUUGUGAGCAGGGGGACCAUUUGCACGGAUACGGCUGGCUGAUGCAUGACGGACUCACUUUUGGCGUCCAAGAAAUUCAAGAUGGCGAUUUCACGCUAACCACAGAAUUUGUAAAGAGGGUGGGAGGACAUCACGGAGGAGACUGGACCUGGAGGAUCACAGCCAAACAGCAUAGUUCUGCUCCCCAAGCUCCAGUCAUAUCCCUGAUGUUUUACGCUGCGGCAGACACGCAGGGCUCACUGCGAGGACACAUGGAGGAGAGGAAUCGCCUCGGGUCCAUCACCGGCUUCUCAGAGGAGCUGGGGAACUUUAAGAUCACUUUCAGGAAGCCUGUCACCGGAGAGUUAUCCAGCGCUAAAUAUGCCAGCUACAACCACCUUCAGACGGUCUCUCCCGGCCUGGAGAAGCUGACCGACAUUGUAAAGCUCAGUCUGAACCGCAAGUUUGUCUACAGCCCCCCCUCUGGUGAGAAAAGGCAUUACAUCGGGGUGGACACCUACAAGCCUCCCCAUCAUCAGAACCAGCAGAAACCGGCAGACUCACGGACGGAGAGCGACUUUGUGGUUCACCAGGUGACCGUUCAGCUACCUUUCCAAAUGGAAGUUCUUUUCGAGUCCGGAAGCUUCUUCGAGCGUCCCAACCAGCUGGUGGGCUCCGUCAUGACUCAGGAGCUGGAGAAGAGGAAAGCUGAGUUUAAUGCCAAGUUUGAGAGAAUAUUUGGACUUGAAAGUAAAGGUUUUAGUCAGGGACAUAUAAAGUUUGCUAAAACAGCCCUCAGCAACAUGUUGGGUGGAUUGGGUUACUUCUACGGCCAGUCGGUGGUACAGUCGGCCUACAACGAGUACCCACUUUUGUACCCCGAAGGCGCUCUGUUCACCGCUGUCCCCUCGCGCUCCUUCUUUCCCAGAGGGUUCCUGUGGGACGAGGGCUUUCACCAGCUGCUCUUGAGUAAGUGGGAUCCCGAGGUAACGAGAGAGGCUAUCGCCCACUGGAUUGACCUAAUGAACAUCGAAGGCUGGAUCCCCCGGGAGCAGAUUCUUGGGGACGAGGCUCGCAGCAAAGUGCCGGCGGAAUUUGUUGUUCAGCAAAAUGAAAAUGCAAACCCGCCCACUCUCUUCCUGGUUUUUCAGGAUCUCAUCGAGCAGCUCGCUUCUCACCCAGAUGACGCAGCGCUCCAGCCGACGCUGCCUUUCUUCCGUCAGCUCUUCCCCAGGCUGAAAACCUGGUUUGAAUGGUACAACACCACCCAGAAGGGGCCCCGGCCCAAUUCUUAUCGUUGGCGCGGGCGUGAUAAGGACACCAAUCUCUUCCUUAACCCCAAAACCUUGACCUCUGGCUUAGACGACUACCCGCGGGCGUCACACCCCUCGGUGGACGAGCGGCACGUGGAUUUACAUUGCUGGAUGGCGUUGUCCUCAGGCGUCAUGGCUAGCAUAGCUCAGCUUCUAGGCGAGGACUACCGGGACUACAAACUCACACACGACGUGCUCAGCGAUAACAACCUGCUCAAUGAGCUGCACUGGUCUGAACAGCUCAAAGCUUUCAGUGACUAUGGCAACCACACACAAGCCGUGUCUCUGCAGCCGGAGAAGGUGUACGUGCCUCCAGGACAACCGCGUCAUCAGUUCCCGGUGACUCGCCUUGUCCGCUCCGUCCGCAGGGUCCCCAAGCUGCAGUUCGUAAACGCCUUGGGCUACAUCAGCCUGUUCCCCUUCCUCCUGCAGAUCCUGCAGCCGGACUCGCCCAAACUGGAGCACAUUUUCCGAGACAUGAGAGACCCCGGCAAGCUGUGGACGCCCUACGGCCUGCGCUCUCUGUCUAAAGCCGACCCUUUGUACAUGAAGCGAAACACGGAACACGACGCCCCCUACUGGAGGGGGCCCAUAUGGAUCAACAUCAACUACUUGGCAGUCAGAGCCCUGCACCACUACAGCAACAUUGAAGGGCCAUACCAAGAGAAGGCAGCUGCUCUUUAUGAGGAACUCAGGACUAACCUUAUAAAUAAUGUGUCUAGACAGUAUGCUGAAACAGGGUACAUCUGGGAGCAGUACAACGACAUCACAGGGAAGGGCCAAGGAAGCCACCCCUUCACAGGCUGGUCUUCCCUGACCGUCCUGAUGAUGGCUGAGCAGUACUGAGCUCCACAGACAUCAUUUUGAUAUGAUUUUCAUCUCAGAUAAUGGCCUUUAUUUAUAUGGAUGAAGUUCAUAUGGUUAGCCGAACUAUACUGACUAAGAGAAAAGUGUUCAUCAGUGCUUCAUUAGUCCCUUUGCUGCGACAGAUUCCAGAGGGGUUUUGUGGAGGGUAGUUUAACAAGGAUGAAAUGCAAAUACCUGGGAUUUGCCCUAAAAGGACCAAAGAGCUGUCGACUGUGAAAUUUAGACAAGAACCGGUUCAUAGUUUUUUGGAAAAGUAAGCCAAGUCCUGCUUCUGUUUGACAAAUAACGGUCAUUAUCUGUAAUUGUGCCAUUUUUUCCACACUAUUCUGUAACUUCUUGUCUUGAUCAUUGGCCAUCUUUGUAUUGUUUAUUGGCAAAUUAAACGGUAACAUAUUUUAUGUCACGAUAUGUGGUUUGACUGGGAGGAAAUGCAGUUCUUACUGUGACAUUGGAUUUGUUUUGUCAAAAAAUAAAUAAAUAAAAUGAAGAAAAAACAUUCAGGCUGACCUUUUCUUUGUAGGGGCUUAAAAUACAUAAUCUUUUGAUCUAUUUUUAAAGUGUUCCCAGAGUUCUUUUGAUUAUGAUUAUGCUGUUUUUUUUGUUUUUUUUCUGGGACUUUGUUUCUGCAGAGCGGCAAUUAGAAAUUCACCUUUGAGUUGUGGGCGGGACUAUUAGUGUUGAGUAAGCCAAUCCCACAUCCCAUCAUCCAUCUGCUUGCACACUCUAUCCCUAGCUUAUAGCCCUUUUCAA